AGACGUUCUUGCCGUACGAGGUGACGCAGGAGCAUGAUGCGGUGCUGAGUCUCUCAUCGUACAGCAUCGUCAUCUUGAGGCGAGACCCACGUGAACGCACCGAGAAGUUGGUUCUUCUUGUGGCCAUCCACGAGGUGGCAGCAGCGUGCUACAUACGCGAAGACAACGAUAAUCUUCUUGUGAUGAAGAUCGGUGACCCUGACAAUAACAAGGAGACGUGUACACUAGCAGUGCUCUAUCUAGAGUCCAAGAUGGCAGCAGAAGAGCUAUGUGCACUCAUACGACAGUGCUUCGAACUGGUGUACACGUCUGCUGCCCGGCGAUUCUUCGAUGAAAAGCUCAAAUUCGAGGGGCGGGAUGACGCAUCAAUCGCACACAGUGAGGACUCUGUGUCGACGGGAGCGAAGAGGGAGGGUCUGUCGUUCAUCACCGGCUCGCAGCAGGACCUGACGAUGCACUCUCGGGGCAGCCCGACGUCUGCAGGCGGUGCACGGCCGCGCCGCACGAGCAACGCGCGUAGCGAGAGCGAGCUCAGCGGUGCCGAGGUCAUACACGACUACAUGAAGCAGCUGCAUGCACGGCUGAAUGGCCCCGAAUUGCGCCAGUUUGCAAUCCUACUGCGGCGUUGGCACACAGACCUUCCUUUCACUGAAUUCUGCCAGAAGCUGUUCGAACUCUACGGACCAGAGAGGAAAUACCUACUCGCCGAGAUGCGCCCGUUUAUUCCGGAGAAAGACUCUCCGGACUUUGAGAACUUUCUCGUGCGUAUUGGCAUCCACAGUGGCAGCGACUCGAGCGAGUAGCCUUGCAGGGAGAGCGCACCAGCCAGGCAGAGCGCGCACGGUCGUCGUACCGAUACACCGGCAAACUACCAGCUAGGGAACCGGUCUCGCAUCGACGAGACAAUCCGCACGAUCCGCGCGCCGCCCUUCGCUGGUCCGAAACUAGAGGGCGCCCCGACAGCGCGCGGCAGAUGGACAACGCGUCGACGGCGUGCUACAUGAACGAGCUGCAGCAGAUCUCCUCGCAGAUCCACUCGCUACACGUGCGCGCUGAGGUCUACCCUGAGCCGGCAGAGUCGCGCGGCCGACGCCGCGAGAACAAGGAGAGUGCACAGAUGCGCAGGGAGUUGGGGCAGUCGGCCUACUCUGAUAGACUGUGAAGUGUCACUGUGGCUUGCUGCUGCUACUAGUCGUACUUCUACUGCAGUUACAGUUACUGCUCUUGGUACUAGUGAUGACUGCUACUGCUACAGCUACUGCUGCUGCUGCUGCUGCUACUACUGUUCCUGCUACUG